CUCUCUUUUGAUACGUUGACUAAUUCAUAAAUCUACCACUGAACGCGACGUUUUGAACGUAGUCAAAGAGUUAUAGAAUGUUCUCUUUAGUUUGCUUAAUUGUAGUCAUAUUUACUUUUUCUAAUACAUUAGCGGAAUAUACAUUAACUCUUACUAAAGAGAAUUUUGAUUCUCAUGUCUUGGAUUCACGUAAAAAUGUCUUGGUAGAGUUUUAUGCACCAUGGUGUGGCCACUGCAAAAAUUUAGCACCAACAUAUGAAAAAGUAGCUGAAACAUUUAAAAAUGAACCUAAUUGUGUAGUUGCUAAAGUUGAUGCUGAUAGUGAGAAAGAAUUGGGUUCACGAUUUGGUAUUUCUGGGUUUCCAACUAUCAAAUUUUUUUCCAAAACAAAUAAAGCUGGAGAAGAGUACUCAAGUGGUCGUAGUGAGCAAGAUUUUAUUGACUUUUUAAAUCAGAAAUGCGGAACUAAUCGUGUUAGUGGUGGUGGAGUAGAUGACCAGGCAGGAAGAAUUAAUGCAUAUGAUGAUAUAGCUAAAAAAUUCAUAAGCUCAACAGGCGAUCGCAAUUCUUUAAUUGCUGAAAUUGAAACAGCAAAUGCUGAUGAGGCUGACUCUGAGCACAAGCAAUCUGGAGAUUAUUAUGUUAAGGUCAUGAAAACUAUAUUAGAAAAAGGAGAUGACUAUCCAAAGAAUGAAAUUGCUAGACUAACUAGAGUUCUCGGAGGAAAUAUGAGUGCUGCCAAAAUGGAUUUAAUGCAUAAACGAAAAAAUAUUUUAAGUCAAUUCGUUCGAGAAAAAGAAGAGUUGUAAAUCUUGUGAAUUUUUGAUAAAUAUAAAACUUCAAACUA